UUAUUUAUUUUACAUUGUUGAAUGCGGAUCAGAUAGCUGGUGGCCGUUCGCGGUGGAGUGUCAUUUCUACAGGCAGGUUUUCCUUCAGAUUCGCAUGCUUACGAGCUCAAAAAUCCGCCAGUGUGACACAAAACAUUCCCGUAAUUUUCACCACCUUAAGGUCAGAUGAGUGUCGGAGAUGAACCUGAGAUAUUUGGUGCGGGCUGUCACUUUUGAAGAAAAAUCGUGUGGUUUUUGAAUUUGGUUUUUGUAUUUUCUGUGAUUUGUGACUAAUAGGUGUUCUGUACACGUAUAUGUGAAUUUUCGGAUGAAUCUUGACCCCGUUUAAGAUUUGGAACUUUCAAUGGCCAACACUUGAGUGCUCUCCUAAGAUUCAACUGUGAGAAGAUCAAGAAAAUAAUGUGAUUAUUGAGAAAAAAUGGAGAGUGCCGCCCAACCAGGCCUCCUGGUUCCUCCCAGGCCCAACGGGACCUUAUUCCCAAUUCCCGGUCUCCCUAGAGAUGAACCGAAAGUGGAACUUUGUGCCCGCGUCGACACCCACUAUGAUCUCACCACCGCAGCAAUUUGCUGCGGUUACAUCAUGUUCGGCAUCCUGUACACGUUUGUGGGUUACAGGCUCUUCAAGACGGUGAUGUUUCUCACUGGAUUUAUAUUCGCGUCGAGUCUGGUCUACCUGAUGUGCUUCCAGGGCGAAUUGAUGCCACCUUAUGGAAAUGCGGGUGUGGCGAUUUUGGCAGGUGUUCUGUUCGGUUUAAUAACAAUGUUGGUCCAAUAUGUGGGUCUCUUCAUGGGUGGACUACACACCGGCUUCCUGUUAGGUCUAGCUGGUCUUUUAACAGCCGACCACUUCAUGGAAACCUCCCCAAAGGGUUCUGUUUGGAUGUGUGUUGGAGUCCUGCUUGCUUCAGCGCUUUUAUUUGCCAUUUUCAAUUUGUAUUUCAGAAAAGGAUUGACAAUAUUAGGAACAUCUGUAUACGGUGGAGCCAUUCUGACAGCCUCCAUGGAUUAUUUUGUCGAAAGGCUCUCGAUGCUUGCUUGGCUCUGGCAGAGGGUAUCUUUGAGGCCAGUCGAACCUCCACCCUGCUGGUUCUCCUGGAUUGUUUUAGGAGCUUGGCCAUCGUUUGUGAUAGUAGGGCUGAUCCUGCAGUGUGCUAUUACUGGAAAAGGAAUACAUCACGAUGACAUAGAAGCUGGAAGGAAGAAGCCUCGUGGUCCGAGCUUAAGGGGGAAAACCAGAGAAGAAAGAGCCGAAAUGAGACAAAAGAAAUACAGAUACCUCUAUCAAGUUAGAACAGCCCAUGGAGACGUCAUCAGUCAGAACUUCGUGCAGGCUCUACAGAAAAAGGAGUCCGAGGUCCAAGGAGCCGGGGAAUGUAGUACCCUCCAAUCCGAUGCUACAAAUCUGACAAUAUUGCCGGACGCACAUUUAUCCGUCUUGACAGAGAGUGAGGAUGACAGCCAAAUAGAAGUGAGGAAUCCCAGACGUUAGUGGUAACCCUCCGAUUCGUAAUGUAUGACAAUAUAUGUAUGGUUUGAAAAAUAUGGACUAAGGAUUUUGGGUGGAGUCAGUUAUUUCAAGCGAGAAUAAUCGCUGUUGGAGGAUAUAACACGUUGUGAAGCAACUCUGGAUCUUGUUGUUCACUAAAUUUUAUUAUUGCAUUUCGAUAUUAGACUACGCUCACAGAGAUAAUUGGUCCAAGCUAGUUUGGUCGUUAGUUUGGAACUAACACGAAAGAACUGACUUCCAUUUAGUGGCAAACUUGCUGAAGAUUGUUAGUUUGCUCAUGAAAUCAUUAUCGUAAGUUCUUGAAUGUUGGCGAUCGUUGUUCGCUAAUUUUUUGCAUCAGAAGGAAUACGCGAUUGAAAGUAAUUUCUCUUUACUGCUAAUUGCACAAAGAAUCAUCAAAUACAAAAUCGUGAUUUUUGAAUUUGGACAUUUUGGGACAACGCUCAAUUUUAAGACCAAAAUUUUCUAUUUUUAUCAUCGGACUUUCUAUUUAUGUGAAUCAUCGCAGUACUUUCUUUGUGUUUUAUAAUCUGCCAAAGUAUUUAUAUAUAAAAAAAAUUAUAGAACUUUCCAUUAAUUGGAAAUAUGCGCAAAUUUAUCGAAAACAUCAUAUUAUACAAUUUGUUGACUGAAAUAUUAUUUAAAACCUUUGAAAAUGUAGAUUCGAACUCAGUUUCCCUCAAAUUGCCUCUCCUCUCUACUUCCAGGCUGAAUAAAACCAAUUCCCAAUUCUCUGUAACUAUAGCACAUAAACAUAUCUUAUUUUUUUUUAAGUCAACCAUGUUAUUGAAUUUGAUACGUUUCUCUAAUACUGUGGCAAAUCUGUUCUUUCUAAUCAUUUAAUAAUACAUAGAUGCGCGCCCUUGAGCUGUCGUGCACUGCAGAUCAUUGACUCCAACAUUAGAUAGAGACAGAUUGAGGCUUAUGUCAAGUGACCACAAGGGAGAGGAAAAAGAUUUUUGAAUGUCAACCAAUUGUAAGGGAAACCAAUUCACGUGAUAUACAAUGAUUGAUUGGUUCAAUAUGUUUCACCAAUCAAAACAUCUAUUAUAUUGGAGUCGAUUCCUCUCUCUCUCUUUCUCACUCUUUCUCUAUGCGCUAUCUACUCAUUAUUAGAUUAUCGGUUCAUUCUGCCAUACUUUGUAGAACAAAAUCGUGUUGGAAUAUCUCAGUUCCACUCAGACUGUUUAUAUUUCAUUAUUAUAAUAUGUUGGUACUUCGAACUCUCCCAUCACAAAUUUAUCUAUUUUCUGUUAUUUAUGAAACAGAAAACAGUUCAGCCCACUAAUAUAUCUCAAUGCAAAAAUCACUGAACGAUAUUCAUGGAAAUAUUCCAUUAAUUUCAAUAAAAAUUCAGCGACUUAAAGAAAAUACUGUAUAGUACUCGUACAAAAGGCUCAUUCUAACACUCGCUAAUUUUGAACUUGUGAAAGAAUAUCAAUGCCUCAUGCACUUGUAUUAUUAGUGUUAAUAUUUUUUUUUUUCUUAGUUAAUUCAUGGAAAAAAUUGUCCAAUUUAAUGAUACUCAACAAAAAUUAAAUUUAGAUAACUAGGGCUGGAGAAUCAAAAUUUUCGUUGUCAAAGAAUAAUCUAAAAAUGUUAUGGAAUUCCAUAUAAUACUAAUGAAUAUUUCAAUGCAGCUCUCUAAUCAAGUUCUGUGAUACUUUUUAUUAUACUUCAAAACUAGUUUGUUCUGCGAAAAUUAUUUUACGUUUAUGAAAUUUAAAAUCCUUCACCCAAAAUAACACCAAACCUUCUUCGAAUUCAUUCAAAAUAUGGAUCUUUAAUAUUGUAUUUAGGGAUAACAAUCAAUUUCAGAAAUGCUCAUAAACACACCAAAUCAAAAUCCUAAUGGAAAAUAUCCCUUUGAAAUUCUGUAAAUAAAAGUAUGUGAGUUACUGCUAUAAAAAGUUUUAUCAUUCGAAAUUAUUAUACCCAUAGUUUUUGGAGCUUCAACAAACGCAAACAAAUACGAAACAGAAUAUAUUCAACUAAUGUUCUUUUCGAUAUCUAAAUUAUUUGAAUUACCAAAAAAAUGUCCUUGUGACUGAGAAAGUUAUGCCUCCUAAUAUUCAACGAUGAUUGGAAAACAACAUUGUGUCACUACUAAAUAGUCGAUAAAAAUCGUCAAAUUUUUCGUGUUUUCAUACAUAUCUCGCGAUAAUUAUUUUUGUUUCGUCACUUUUAAGUUGAUAAACCUAUGCUCCACAGUCCAUUGAAGAGGUAUAUACCUAAACUCGAAUAUUAGUCCAAAUAAAGUGUGAUAAUUAUUUAUUGUAAUCUGUCAAUUGUAAAUAGAUUUUGAUUUUUUUAACUUUAAGAGAUAGCAAGGUAGAAAGUGAACUCAAUGUGAUUGAUAUGUCCCAGUUCUGCAAUGGAAGGUUCCAAGCAUUCUACAGAAAUAUAAUUCAAUGAUGAAAUAAAUUUCUUAAAAAUUGCUUGUUGAAUUUAUCCAUGAAACAGAUAUAACACGUUUUUCAUAUUAUGUUUCAACUAAUGGUGGCCUCUGAUAAUUCAGUAGAAAAUUUUCAUUGUAUGUGCAGAUGAAAAAUUUUUCAUUCAAGUAGGAAGAGAACAGAAACUAUCUAUGAUAGUAAGAUAUCUCGAAAACUAUCGAUUUUUGUUGAGCCGUUCUCAGCAAAUUUUUAUGAUACUGUGAUAGAAUCAUCAGUGUGACACUCAGUGUUCCCUGGCUUAUUCACCUCCAUCUUGAUAGCGGAGCAUGGUGACUUUGCCAUAGAACGGUUGAGUGUCGUUCUUCCGAGAGAUGCAUAGCUCAUGACGCCAUCUCUUGCUAGCAAAAAGUCACUACAAUAUAAUAUAUACGUAUAAAAAAUUAAUUGAAAUUUUCGAGAUAUCAUACUUUACGAAAAUAAAAAUAGAAUAUAUUUUUACGAAUUCCCUUCACUCCAGUAUGUUGUGUACAAAUCAACCUUGUUGAAAUUCACUUUUCUGCUCCAUAAGCUGUAAGCUGUUUUAUUUAACAUUCCGCUUUCCUUCAAGUUCCUUUGUUUCAACAGACACACGUGGUUUUUCUGCCAACAUUAUUUAAAUGGGAUGGCAUUCUUCAGAUGUUUAGAAUAGUGUUGGUUUAAUUAACAAGAAAAAAGAUUGUAAGUGCCUUUGGCAUAUCUGUGUAUGAAGUUGUAUUCUCAUUGGAAGACCAAAGGUCAGAUAUUUUUUUUUCGUUUUUCAAAUAUUUAUGUGUUGUUACUCACUUAAUGUUAUAAGUUUAAAAUGUGAAAUUUAUAUCUUGGGGGAGACUGAAAAAAAAGGAUUAUUGGUUCAGAGAGCCUUAAUAUUCACCAAGUUUGGUUGUUCUCGUGAAAAAAAUAUUUCAAGAAAAUUUUAUAUGUUUUGUAUAUUUUAUCCUGUUUUCUUCAUUCUGAUUUGAAUUAAUCAUUUAUAUUAGAUACUUGAUGAAUAUUCAGACUCAAUUAUCGAUUUCUGAACAAAUCAAAACAUUGAACAUCGAUUCACUAAGCAGAGGUAAUAAAAAUAAUGAUGGAGAUAAUUGCGUUUUAAUUGUUUAAUGAUGAAAAAAACUUGUGUUCAUUUAUGAAAUUAUUAUAUUAUGUGAUAAACCUUUGUACAUAAAAUAUUUACAGUGGAUAAUAGAUAUUGACAAAAAACAGAUAUUUUAUUCAUCGAGUUUAGAUGUAAGAAUGUGAAUCCCAAAAGAGUGAUUUUGAUCCUUUUGUAAGUUGGAAUCAGAUCUUUGUAGUGAUAUAGUUUUGUGUAAAUAAAAGCAGAAAAUUUUA